AUGGCAUUCACAUAUCUAUGCUGCAGACGAUUUAUUGUAAACAGAUGAACAGUUUUGUAUAUUCUGUGUUUUGUGGAAUCGUAUUAUAUUGCAAUUUUUUUUUGUGUGAUGUAGUUCAGUAUAGGAAAUCUUUCAUUAUAGAAUAUAUUUAUUUUCUUGGGGAUUCGCACGAUUAUUUGGUAGUAUAUAAUUUUCGUGACACCAUUUGGUCUUCACAAUGAAGGCUUGUGUUUUUAGGGUACUGUGAUAUAGAUGCGGUGUAGGAGCAUAACUGAUUUAUAACGCGUUGAUAAUGAGUGAUCCUGCUUCUACAUCUACUGACGAUAAAGGUAAGGAUGGAGAAGUUUCUUCAAGUUGUGACAGUAGUACUGCCUCUGCAGAAUCUGAUACCAGCAAUGUUCCACCUGCUAUGCCAGUUGUGGAACCUACGGAAAGCGAACAAGACACUGUGUUUGAGCCAGCUGACACAUCUGUAGUGGUAGCAGAGCCCACCGUUUCGGAAACUUUUGGGACCGCAAACAGUGAUCCUAUUGAACGUGCAGAAUUGGUAAGUACAUGUGGGUCAUCAUCCGGUAGCGUGGAAGAGUGUGACACCAACAUUUCCACUACUUGUGAAUUAAAUACAUCAUUAAGAAAUCCAGAACGAGCAGAAAUUGCUCCGAACUCUAGCAGUGCUGUUUCUUGUGUGCGGGAACCAUCAUUGCUGGGGCAGAAUUUAAGGGAAAAUGAGGUUAUCUCCACUUCAAGUGCAGAUAGUACUACUGCCUCUGUAGGUUCUUCUGAGCAAGAAUCCAGUGAAUGUCAGGAGAAAGAAAUAUCAACUACAGGAGACGAUUCAAACCCUGUUUCUACGUCUUUUGUUACUCCUUCAUCAUUAGCGUUAGCACUGAGUCAGUGUCCCCGUGCUGGACGAGCAGGUGUUUCUAAUGAUUUAAAUGUAUCUACUGCCUGCCAGCCCAUGAGUGCAGAUGUCUCAAAAUCACCAAUGAAUGCAGCUCAAAAUUCUGGCAUUUCAACCACAAGUACAUUAGAGAGAGCAGGAAUCAACAACUUGUCAUCCGCACAUGAUAUUCUGCCUUCAACUAGUAGAAAUACUGUAGGGCAAAGUGACUCUGAUUCAGUUGCGGGUGUGAAAUUAAUUCGCAACCUGGUUGAUCCUGUUUCUUCCAGUAGGGAUGUAGACAAACCUGUGCUUCAGUCAAAAAAGAGUAAAGAAAAUAACAUAGACACAACUUCUCGUGUAUCUUCGCACAACGUUGCAGAACAUUUGGGCAACAAUAACUCAGUUUUGGGUGUGGGCAUCAUUGAGAUGGAUGCCAGUACUAGCAAUACAAAUGCUACAUCCGGUAGCGCUGUGCCCAUGUGUGAAACCAGUACUUUGCCCAAGGAUGAUGCAAGCAUCUCGACUAGUGGAGUGGACAGUGUUGAUGUACAGCCUUCAGAAAUGUUGAGCAGCAGUGCAGUUUCUGCACAUUGUGAAGUGUCUACCUCGGUUGACAAACAGAAGGUCCCGGAGUCUACAGCACACGUUGCAAGCAGAGAGCUGUCAACAAGUCCAAGCCUUCCUGGUGACUCCGCUGAGACUAGGGAGGUACCUGCACCGGUGAUCCCAGCUGUGGUAGAGUCGUCAGAGGCAGAGCACUUGGCAGCGCCACAGUUAGGAUCUGUGACACAUUCACCUGAUGCUGACAGCAACACUGCUGACUGUCAAUACAAUCUGGGGAAUAACAUAACAUGUUCAACAAAUGAGUCACCGGUGUCUGAAAAUACAGCUUCACAAGAAAAAUUACCUGAAACGUCACUAUUCCUGGGCCAGCCUCCUUCAUCUGAGAGUGGUGGACUGUCACCAGAUUCUAAAUCACAUUCUUCUGAUUCAUUAGUGGAUAAUGGAAACCUGCCUUUGGUUGCAGAUAUUGCACCACAAGAAAUAGCUAGAGCUAACAUUGAUUCAGAAGUGGUCACAACAAAUUUACAAUCUCUGAAUGAAACCAGGCAAGUACAUCAAUCUGAUAGCCGCUCUGUAGCUCAAGGGUCAGUGACGGAAUGCCCGACUGUCACUUCCGUGAGAGAGGAAGCAACUGCAGGUGGGUCUACGUCAGAGGACUUGGCUGUGCCAUUGUUCGCCGGUCUGAGCAGUGACCCCACUGCUAGUGUUCCGUCUCCUGACUGCAAAGUACAGUCAUUUGAACAUAAAGAUAAUGUACCUCCAAAUACAUGUCCAGAGCCAAAAGAUGGUGUAAUGAACGUUGUUGACUUGGACCCAUUAGUGUUGGUAAAGCCAGGAUGUGAAGACAUGGGUGACAAGAAGUUCAAGGACAUUGGUUCAAAUCAAAGUAAGGCUUUAAAGACAAACAAUGACAGUAAAGCUGAAGUUCAGACCUUGGAGACAGAAGAUAAAAGUGAAGAAAGUAUAUCAGUCGAAAUAGGGAAGAAAGAUACAAAAGUUCAAGCUGUAUCAGAUAUUAAACCUGGAUCAUCAUUUGGUGUGGAGGGAGUGGGAGCGGCAGAGCCACAAAAUGAGCUAAUAGAGGAAAAAAUGACGCAAGACUCUGGUUCUCUUGGGAACAAACAAGAAGAAACAGACGUAGUUGAUUGUGCAGCUGUGAAAGCAAAUGCACGUCUGCACACUGAUGAACCUAGCAGUAAAGUAGAGAUGACCGCGGAAGACUUGGACAUGCCUGGCCACCCAAGAAGAGAAGGGAGUGCAGUGUUAUCCAAUUCCCCCAGAGAUGAAGGUAAUAAUAGCACAACAUUUUCAAACCUAAUAAAACCAUUGACUAUUAACUUGACAGACAUUAGCAAGCUAGAAAAAAUCUCUGUUGGGUCUGGUGCUACAAUUUUACUAAAGGAUUUGCUUAAUACAUCAGGUUCUACCGUUGAAGACAGUACUUGUGAGCGGAAGACAUCUGAGUCGCAGCCCAAAAUAAUUCUUAGUCGUCUGAAGUCUGAAGUUCCUACACUGUCUGAAAAUAAGCCACUGGAAAUUAUUUCACCAAAAUUAAGUAAGAAUUCAGAGAAAAAAAGUAAUCAGUCACAUUUAGAAAGUAAACAGCCUGCCAAAAUUAGUCAGACUACAUGCCAAGAAAGUAAAAGUGAUUUUUCAUCACUAAAAGAACAGAUUUCAAAGAAGUCUGUUGAUAAAAAUAUUAGUGGUCAGCAGACUAUUGAUAAGUCUGUGCUGUCAGCAAUAAAUGUGGUUGAAGCAGAGAGCGACGUUACAAAUAGAUCAGAUAUUGUCUGCAAUAAAGAUGUACCGCAGAAGGAAGGGGUUGAUGUGGUUGAAACAACUGUUGAAUCUUCGUGCCAUAAAUUGACUAAAGACUCUCCAGCAAAAGAAUUUAAUUCUGGUAAUAAUUCACAAGUUUGUAAGAAUGAUUUGCCAUCAAGUAUGACAGGGGAUUUCUUAUCUCGUAAUGAAUCGGGUGCAGAAAAAUCAGUUAAGGCAUUGGAGCCUGCCAGUGAAACACACGUUUGUAAGGAUGUCGGGUCUUCACCUUCAUCAACUAUGACUAGUAAUAUAUCCUUGAAUGAUUCAGGUAAAGGAAAACUACAAACAUUAGUAGAUUCUGCUAACGAUUCUCAAAUUGUUACUGCAUCAGAAGUGAAUGGUAAUGAAUCAUGUAAGGAAAAACUUGUUAAAACUUUGAAGCUUGAUGAUUUGCAAAGCCACAAAUCUACUGCUCUGGCUGGUGAUAUCUCAUCCUCUGUUGAACCAUGUACAGAACUAUCAGAGACAGCAUCAGAGGUGGCUUGUGAUUCAAACAUUUGCAAGGAUAUCAACAAGUCUCUAUCAAUUGCAGUUGAAGGUAUCACAUCAUCAAGUAAAUUGGGUAAAGAAACACAAUCGACAGUUUUACCACUUGCGGAAUCUCAAACUAGUGAGGGUUUUAAGUCUACGACAGCUGUAACUUGCAAUGUAACCCGUAAUGAACCAGGUACAGAAUCAAAACCUGCUUGUGAUUCAGGUGUUAGUGAGGAUUUGGAGAUAUUCUCAUCAGGUGUGAUUAGUAAUAUAUCAUCUGGUGAAUCAAGUAAAGAAAACUCACUGACUGCAGUGGAACCUACUGUUGAUUCACAAAUUCAUAAGGAAGUUGAUAGAUCUUCAUCAGCUAUGACCAGUGAUGUCUCAGCAUGCGAAGAAGUGGGCCAAGACAAACCCUUAGAAGCUGGUGAGUCACAAAUUUGUAAGGAUGUUGACAAACCUCCACCAACUGUGACGGUUGACAGCUUAUUAUCUAAUGAAUCAGCCAAAGAAAAAUUAUUGAAAUUGUAUCGUGAUUGUGAUCCACAAAAAUGUGGUGAUAAUGUCAAGUCUCAAUUAACGGUGAAUGUUACGUCAUCCUCUAAUAAAUUGGACAAAGAAAAUAUGGCGCGAGUGUUAGAGCCUCCUGAUGUUUCUAAUAUGAGGAUGGAUGAAGACAAGUCUACAUCAGCUCAAACUGGAGAUGUCUCAUCCUCUAUUGAACUUUGUAAAGGAAAACCAGCACAGUCAUCAGGUAACUCACAAAUUUGCAAAGACGUUGAUAAGUCUUUGACUAGUAAUAUUUCAUCUUCUAAUGAAUCUAAUAAAGAUAAACCGGUCACAGCAUCAAAGACUUCCAGUGAUUCACACAAUGGCAAAAAUGUUGAUAAAAAUACAUCAGCUGUGACAUCCUGUAAUGAAUCGGUAUCAGCGUUGGACACUGUUGGGGAUUCCGAAAUCAUCACGGACAUCAAGGAAGCUCCAUCGAAUGUGACCAGUGAUAUCAUCUCGUCUUCUAAUAAAUCAGUUAAAGAAAGGCUUUCAGAUGCUGCUGGUGAUUCAUUGAAGAGCAACAGGUCUGGUGAUGUAGCUAAUGAAUCAUGUGCAGAAAAAAUAUUGAAACAACAAGAGUCUGUUGGUGGGUCACACAUUUCAAAGGCUGAUGGCAAGCUUACCAGCUGUUCACAGGCUGUGAAGAGAGAUGAAAAGACUGCUGAAGCGAAGAGUGUUGCUGCUGUAAGUGUUAGUGAGCGUCAGUCACCGGGGACUGCAGAAGCUAUGUCCUCUGGAGAGAAUGUGUCCAGUGAAGCGUCAUUGACACCAACAAACCCAGAGAUCAGUGAGAAAACAAAGAAAUCAUUGUCCACCAGUGGACAAGUAAUUUUGGAUACAAACAAAGAUAAAGCUGAAGAUCCAUCAUUAACAUUAAGCAGCGACAAACAAGUAACUGGUUUAAGCAACCCAAAAGAAGGAAAAAUCGUUGAGAAAAUUACUUUGAAAUUAAAAAAGGAUGGUGCAGAUUCUUUUAUUGCCACACAGAAAAAAGUUAAAAUUUCUUCUGAAAGUACAACAGAUAAAACAAAUUUAGGUGAAAAAGAAACCCAUAAUCCAGAGAAAAUUACUUUAAAAAUUAAGAAAGAUCAUUCGAAAAGUUCUGCAUUUAUUGUAUCAUCCAGUGAGAAACCUGCAGAUGUUCCAGCAGACUGUUCUGGUUCUGGUCCAGAAAGAAUCACACUGAAGUUAAAGAAGCAUUCGACCAAGUCAGAACAGUUUUUCCUCUCAUCUUCACCAGAGGCCCUAGCGGAAGAGGUGGUAUCUUCCAAACAGUCUGGUGACAGAGCGGAUUCCCUCAGCACAGGUGAGGAACCAGCUCUUGAAAAAAUAACUCUGAAAAGGAUGAAGGAUGGCUCCAACUCCAAUGUUUUUAUUGCAACACCAUCAAAGGAUGUCUCUGGCCCUGAUACUUCAAACAAAGCGGUUAAACCAGCGGACCUCAAAGCAUCCCAACAUGCUGAUAGAGUCACUGAUGUAAGAAAAGAUGCAAAAGAUGUGACACUAAAGUCAGACGGGCAUACGAAAGUGACAAGCAAAAUCGUAAGUGAAGAAACUGUUCCUACACCGAAUAGUAAAUUAUCUGUUGUAUCAGACCCUAGUGUUCAUGAUGUGAAAGAUAAGUUACAAAAAUCAGCGUCAAAGAAGUCUGAAAAUUUUGAAUGCAAGCUAUCUUUACUGCCAUCAACGUCUGAAGUAAAACUUAAAGAAGAAAAGUGUCAAAAGGAACUGAAAAUAAAAGAUGGUGGUAAGUCAGCUACCAAAGGUGAAGUUAAUGUUGAUUCGUGUGAACUGAAAUCAGACUCUGUAAGUGGAACUGUUGAGAAGCUUACAAAACGGUUGCAAGAGCCGGCUUCAACUCCAGAGAAGUCUGUUAGAAAAUCAGUGACGUUAGAUGCAAAAUGUGAACGUGUUGAUGAGGACACAGAAAAGGUGGAUAAAAGUGAACUGGGAACAAAAGUAGAUGAAAUAGCUGAAAUGCAGUAUGCUGCUCCCACAAAACCACCUCAAGUAAGACAUGAUAAGAAAGAGAUGAACUUGAAACGAAAAAUAGAUAUGACUGCUUCAUCGUCUCUGGCUUCUAAGAAACUGAAAGAUGCUGAUAAAGUGACCACGUCUGAAAGUACACGCGUGGAGAGUGGAGAUGUUUCCUCAGAUGGACCUCCGCCAGCAUCUGGCUCUCUUCAGGGCAGCUGCAGCACAGCUGAUGUUACGAGGCCAAGCAGCUUGACCGGGUCUCUUGUCGCUACAGAAGUUAGCUCUGAAAAUGUAGCGGUGGCAGAGGUAGACACAUUGGUUAAACAAAAAUCGGCUGAAAGCAAGGUUGGUGCAAGUACAGUGAAAGCAGGAGAAAGUAAGCCUCUGAUUGUUGAGAUUGUCCAGGAAGAUAAAAAGUCGCAUGCUGACCAGGCUGAUGACGAUGCGAAACUUGAAGUAAAGACUUCAGCCGCCGAUGGAGGAGACACCGGAGCAUUUGGUGAAAAGCAAAGGGCCACCAAAGCUGGUGACCCUGACACGGCUACAAAGUCAUCUGGCAGGAAAGCUGAAUGUGUGGAAGAGAAGGCACGUGUGAAAGGGGAAGAGUCAUCUUGCAGUGAGGAAAGCAAGCCAGGAAAGAUAACGUUGACCCUGAGGAAGAGUGCAGCGUGGUCUGUGAAGCAGCCAGGCGGCCAGAAGGCGGGGACGGUCGGGGGUGACGUAGAGGCGAGUGCUGGGGACGAGGAUCCCGAGGUGAUGGUGCUGGAAGAGCACGUCGGAGGCGCCUGCGACGAAGCGGAGCUGGCCAUCAGGAAGCGCGAGAGCGACCACAACUACACGGCAGGUUCUGCACCCAUUCUGAAGAAAUACAGGCCGGAAGAGAAGCAUUUGCUGAACAUUCAGACACUACUAGAAGGCAAUACCAGUGUGAGACUUAAAAAGACUGCAGAAAAGAGAAUGUUUGAAUCUGUAUGUGGCAGAGAAUAUGAUAUGAAGCGCGUGAAAGUUGAAUCGGAAAAAUUUCCAGGAGCCGGUAGUAGAAUUCCUUCUACGAGCAGGUUUGUGCCUCAGCAGAUGCGACCACAAAGAAAAGAUGCCCAGAAGCCGUCUGUGGAAGACAAGCUGAGACAAAUUUUAUCAAGGAUGGGCACGAAAGUUUCGUCUGUUUUUAACAAUGAGGUAUCCAUCACUCUUACAGCUCCAAAACCUUCUGUCAAGGCUGGUGGUUCUGCUAGCAAUCUGAAGUUCUCAGAUUCUUGUGAGAUAGAGGUCACUCCGGAAGUGAACAUCAUAGGUUCUGAAGUUGAUGUUAUCACUGAAGGCGAUGACUCUAAUUCCCAAGAUGUUGUUAUACUGGAAGAGAAGAUUUUGCCAAAGAAGCAGUUCGAUGUGGUCAGUACAGAAAGUUUCGACAGUGCGUUUUUCAAGAAGUCUCGGGGCCGGGUUCGGAAGGCAGAGCUGGAAGGACAGUUGGACACACCCGUGCCUGCAUCGCGCCAGAUCAUGCCUGCAGCCACGCCAUCCCGUCCCAAGAGGAUGUGUCGAGGGAGGGAAGAGAAGACACCUUCACAGCCCAAGGCCAAGAAACCAAGAGUUGCUGGCACUGGCAGAGGACGGAAGAAGCAGUUUGAUGAUGGGACGGGGCAGGCGACCGGAGCGCCAUCGUUGCCGGCUGAAGUGAAACAAGAGUCGGGACUGAAGCCAUCCACAAUGGCAGCUUUACUCAAAACUGUGUCCAUCGUGAAGAUCAAGGCACCCACCGCAUCACACCCCGUAGUCAGCAUGCCGAGCCACAGCUCGUCCGUGGCUCAGUUCUCCUCCGUUGCACCCUCGGCAAGUCAACCCGUGCGGGCCGUGACGUCUGUUCCCGGCGCGAAGGCUCCGCUACGAACGUUUUCCAGAGUCCCCAAGGCAGCGUCCCGGUCCGUCCCGGGGGCUGGCGCGCGUACCGCCUCCGCCAAGUCGAGAGGGGCCGCGACCACCACUGGCCUCACCGCCACCGCCACUGCCAGUCCCCCCGUCGCCGCGUGCGUCACCACCGUCGCCACCACCGACGCCCAGGACGUCACCGCCGCUGCCUUGUCGGGUGCCUGCGCUACCUUCGCUCCUGCCGCCGGCUCGGAGACCUCCACGAGCGUCGCCACCGUCCCCACGGCGACCGCUCCUUCUCCGGAAGGCCUGGUGGCCGCUGGCGCUGUGCCCGGCGCACCGCCGGCGCCGCCUGGUUCACCGUGCCCGGCGCCGCUGGCCAGCGCCGUCCAGGUGUUUGAGGAGGAGACGAGGAUGAGUGCCGAGAGCAACAGCCGCUCCCAGACACCCGCGCGCUCGCUGCCGCCUGCCGCGACGGGCGAGGCGGCUGGCGAGGAGUCCCAGGGCAGCGUCGUCAGCACGGCCACGACGGAGAGCGUCAAGAACAGGAAGAACCGCAUGGAGAUCCCCAUGGACUCGGAGAACAUAAAGGAGUUCACGGUGGACAUGCUGGCCGAGUACCUGUGGCCGCUGGAGAAGGGCGGGGAGCACCUGAUGAUACAGGAGCAGAUCUCGCAGUACCUGGGCGUCAAGUCCUUCAAGCGCAAGUACCCGGACAUCCGCAGGCGGGCGGUGGAGGCCGAGGAGAAGACGUACCUCCGCGAGAAGGGCCUGGUGUCGGAGUACCUCAGUGACUUAGGCCUCACGGCGGUGUUCAGCUCGGAAAUACUGGACAUCAUGUUCACCGACUUCCAGGAGAAGUACGAGGAGUACCGCCGCUACAUGCGGGACCGCCAGGCGAAGGAGUUCACCUCCAAGCAGAAAGCCAUAUCCGCAGUGACGAGCGGCGAGAAGAGCAAGCAGGACUACAAAGAGAAGGCGGUGAGUUCUGCCGCCGCGUGGAACUCCUCGUUCAACCGCUCGCGGAAGGACGACCGUCGCUGCAGCUUCGACCUGCAGAACUUCGCCAUCCACUACCCGCAGAACCGACGAACGAACAUGACCAUGAAAGACUUGCCGAAAGUGGGCUUUUACCCCCUCUCCCUCAUUCCUGGACAGUAUACAGAUUAUUACAAAAGGUACACGCCCGCCGAGCUGCGCUACCUGCCCCUCAACACGGUCCUGUACGGCCCCAUGAAGCCCAACGAGCAGGCACUCAAGGGCUCCGACGGCAGCCAGUCCGACUCGGACGACUCAUCUUCCUCCGACUCGUCCAGCUGCUCCAGCGACGACACCCAGGACUCGGACGACUCGCGCUCGUCAGCCGGGGAGGGGGAGGCCCCAGACGCGCCGGGCCAGCCGCCCAUCAAAGUGGAGGUGGAGGCUGGGGCAGAGGCCUGCAAGGUCUGCCAGGGCGGGCGCGGCCGCAACAAGGACGGCCGGCCGGAGAUCCUGAUCCACUGCGGCCAGUGCGGCUCGAGCAGCCACCCCACGUGCCUGGACCUCACCCUGGACAUGGUGCCCCACCUGCAGCGCUACAGCUGGCAGUGCACCGACUGCAAGACCUGCAUCCAGUGCCAGGACCCCGCUGACGAGGACAAGAUGCUGUUCUGCGACAUGUGCGAUCGCGGGUACCACAUAUACUGCGUGGGGCUGAGGCGCGUGCCGACCGGCCGCUGGCACUGCAAGGAGUGUGCGGUGUGCGGUUCAUGCGGCGCGCGGCGGCCGGGCGGCAACGACGCGGAGGUGCCCAACGCCCAGUGGCAGCACGAGUACAAGAAGGGCGACAAGCGCACCCGGGUCUACGCCCAGACGCUGUGUGUACCCUGCUCAAAGCUGUGGCGCAAGGGCUGGUACUGCCAACUGUGCUGGCGCUGCUACGUCAACAAGCCGGACGAGGAGGUCGGGCUGGUCAACUGCAGCGUCUGCGACAAGUGGAUGCACACAGAGUGUUGCAGCGCCAUCGGCGGGAAGGAGGUGGACCGCGGCUGCAGCUUCCUGUGCGAGAUCUGCCAGGAGAAGGGGCAGGCCAGGUCGACGACCAUCAAGGUGGUCCCCAGGUCCGUCGUCAAGGUGUGACUCCUCGCUCCCUGUCUCUCGUACUGCGCACUCGACUGACCAGUUAUAUUUGCACAAAUAUUACACUUAUUUAUCUGAUGUACAUAACAAAUUUGUUGGUUCAGUAUUUAUGUAUUUGUUUUUUUUUUUUUUUUUUACAACCAGGUGCAGUGUUGUUGAUUCUUGCUGCGAGAAAAAGUUUUCCACAUAUAUAAGUGGAUGGUAACUUACCGUUUUAGUUUUGAAGUGGGGUAGCGUCAUAAGAUUUUGGAACGCCCGGUGCUCCCUCCUUGCUAAAUAUUUAACAAUAUAAUAAAUGUUUUCAAAGUCCUAGUUAAAAUAGGAUGCUCACUUGAGGUAUGGGACUUCAGCCGGCGGCUAAUGGUUUCUUCUCUGCUGUUCUCACCCUGACGUACGACGUACCAUGCACCAGCCGGGGUGCUCUUGUAGGACAUGUGCGAGGAGAGACCAUAAGAUUUCUUUGUGCUUCUAUGAUCUUCAGCUAGCCAGCAUUAGCAGCCACAACUAAGAGUUUAAUGAAGUCAGUAGACUCCUAUACUUUCGCCAUCACAGAGCUGCCUACCAUUUACCUCCGCUCUCGUGGUCUUGGCAUUAAGUCGCAAAGAACUGCGACAGUGUUCACUGAUUUUGUUGGAGUAGUCUUACAACAGUGACAAUUUUUUUUUUCAUAAGCAAAGUCAGUUCUAUGGUUUCCUUAUGUAUUUAAAUUAUUUUUUCCCCCCCUUCAUUUGGUAGGUAAGAGCUGUGGCUAAUUAUUGGAAUGAAAUGUAAUGAUCUGCGAGACUUUGUACAAGUUUUGUAAUGUUAUUACUUUAUCGGAAACUGUUACUACUAGAUCGUUCAUGUCAUAAAUGAUAAAAUUAGGCAUUUUUACAUUAAUUCAAGAUGUUGACACCAACGCUAGUAUUUGGUUGAAAUCGAACAGCUGAAGCGGUUUGUUACAGUGAUUAUUUCACAGGCAUUUUUAUUAUAUCUUAAAAAAUGUGACUUAGUAUUGUUUUGAAUUUGGCCGAAAUGAUAAAACAGUCAGGAAGGUGAUUUAACGUAGUUUGACAUUAUUUAUACACUAACAAGUAAUGUAAACAAUGAACAGCUGAAAGGUUUAGUGAUUAAGAGAUUCCACCAAAGAAACAUUAUUGUCAUGUUUCAGGGAAACGAUUCACCUAUUUUACUGCAUAUAUUUAAAAAUGUGAUAUGUAAAUGUGUUUAAAAUGGUGGAAGACAUGUUUUGUGUCAAGUUUGUUGUGUAAUGCAUGGUCUAUGGUGUAUUUGUCAUUGGUUAUUAAAAGGUAACAGGGUGAUAAUUUUUUAAUAACCUCAUAGCUUUUCAAUAACAGACAAAAAUGCUAUUGUAUUAAAAAUGAAACAUACCAAAUUAUAAUUUGCAAAAAUAAGGGUUGAUUAUUGUACACAGCUUAGAGCCAAAAUUACCUGAUGAAUAGUGUGUGUGUCAAGCCAUCCUUUGUUUUAGCCUUCCAGCAUAAAACAUAGGCAGUCAUGAGAAACAAAAAAGUAAAAAACAUGUCUAUAAAGAAACUUGCAAGUAUCUUCUGUUAACAUUUUGAAGACUGGAAAAGGAAAAUUUUUGUGGAUUAUAAGCUCGAGAAUAUUUGGAAAUAUGCUAAAUUUGAAAUAUUUUUUAGCAUAUGGUUUUUAAAAGUUCCCUGUUGAAAAAACACUCUUGUUGUAGUGAAUGAACUUGCACAAUUGGGCAUAUCCAUUUCAUAAUAUCACGCUAUGCCACUGGAAGUUGUUGGAUCAAAACAUGUUGUUUUUUUUUUUUGUAUUAUUUCUUUUGUACAUGUAUUAUAGUUGUUGUGACUUGGUACUUUCCAAAGCUGCAUUUAUUUAUUUAUGGAAUAUUUAUUUAUAUUUCAGCAUUUACCAAAUAUGUGUAUGUGUGUAGUAUUGUGUUGAGUGUGGUUUAUAUUUUGCUAGUAAACCUUUAAUUAUUUUUUUAUUGCAAAUGAUGAAAAGAAAUGUGUUCACUAACACGUGUUAAGCAAUUCUGAGUAGGCAGCUGGAACCUUGGUACUCCACUGGGAAAAUGUUCUACACAUUUCAAAUUGUGUACAAGAAUAACUUAUUGUCAGUUAAAUGUUGUGAUGACAUUAAAUUAUCUGAAAAUAAAAA